GUACUUCCACCACCAGGAGUAAUGUAGCUCUGCUUUCCAUUUAGAAAGAAGCUCCUGUGUUUUUGUAAAAUUAAUUAUAUCUGUUUGAAUCCAUAAAAGUGACUGGAUAAGAUGCCUAGAAGCAAACUAGGCAUUAAAAGGAAGAAGAUAAACAAGGAUGACUUGGAAAUUGCAGUAAGCUUAGUUCGUAAGCAAAGAAUGACAAUAGGUGAAGCAGCAAAACAUUUUGAUCUAAAGAAACCAACUUUGAUUUUUCACUUGAAGAAAACUAAGGAAUGUGGGAAUGAACAAUAUAAAUAUUUACCUAAGAAACCUAAGCGAGUUUUCAGUGAUAAAGAAGAGCUUCUUCUUGUACAGUAUUUGCAUGAUGCCGCAAAUAUGCACUACGGGUUGACAUUGAAGCAGGUACGUGGUCUGGCCUAUGAGUACGCAGUUCAAAACCACAAGAAAGUUGACCCUUCGUGGGAAGUAAAUAAAUGUGCAGGAGAGCAAUGGCUACGAGACUUUCGAAAGAAGUAUGCAAACCAACUAUCACUGCGUAAGCCAGAAGCAACUAGUUUGUCCAGAGCAACUGCUUUUAAUAGGGACAAUGUGGAAAAAUUUUUCACUAACUAUAGAAGUGUCCUUGAUAGGUAUAAUUUUGAGCCCAAUGAAAUCUGGAACUGUGAUGAAACAGGGAUUUCAACUGUGCAUGUUCCACCAAAGAUUUUAGCACCAAAAGGAAAGAAGCAAAUCGGUGGUAUGACUUCCGGGGAGCGCGGAACGAUGAUUGCUGCAGUGAAUGCGGCAGGAAAUAGUAUCCCCCCAUUAUUCAUUUUCCCUCGUGUGAACUUUAAACUUUUCAUGCUGAAUGGAGCUCCAUGUGGAAGUGUUGGUGUAGGUAAUCCAUCGGGAUGGUCAAAUGAAACAAUAUUUGUUCAAUUCAUGCAACAUUUUGUGAAACAUGUUCGACCAAGUGUGGAAAGACCUGUGCUCUUGCUCAUGGACAAUCACGAAAGCCAUGUUAAUAUUCCAGCUAUUGACUUGGCAAAACAAUCUGGAAUUGUUCUGCUGACUUUUCACCCACAUACCAGUCAUAAGAUGCAGCCUCUCGACAGAGGUGUCUUUGGGCCUUUCAAGACUUACUACCACGAAGCCAUGAACAACUGGAUGAUAUCACCUGGAAAUGCUGGGAAACCAGUUACAAUAUAUGAGGUAGCAGCGAUGGCUGGAAUAGCAUUUCCUCGUUCAUUCACACCAUCAAAUAUUUUGAAAGGAUUUAAAGUAUCUGGUAUUGUCCCGUUCAAUGAGAAUAUAUUCACUGAUAUUGACUUCAUGGCAGCUAAUGUCACUGAUCGACCAAUGCCACAGGACACUGAGAGGCAACCCCCUGUUUCUACAGCUAGUCUUGCAUCACCUGAAGAGCCUCAUUCUGUUGUAGAUCUACGAAAUGUAGAUGGACCCGAUGAGAAUCUUCCCUGCACUUCUGGACAUGUAAUCCGGUCACCAGAAAUUAUACGACCACAUCCUAAGGCACAUCCAAGAAAAAUAUCAAAUAAUGUAAAAAGGCAAAAAGGAAAAUCCCGCAUAUUGACUGACACGCCAGAAAAAAAAUUACUGGAGGAGAAUAUUAGAAAAAGAAUGGCCAAAAAGUUGCCAAAACCAAAAAAUAAAAAAUCAUUUCAACGAGCACUUUCCUUCCAACAAGAGAUCUUGAAUUCCGAUACUGAAAAUGAAUUUGAAUUGCCAUCAUCAGACAGCGAGUAUGGAAUGUCUUCAGAAUUUAGGGAAUUCAAUGAAGAUGCUCAAUUUGAAAGAGACAGCAUUGAAGCAGGCAAUUUUGUUCUCGCAAAAGUGUGUGGAAAAAAGAUUGUUAAGCAUUUUGUUGCAGAGGUGGUAUCAGUUACAUCACAAGACAUCUUCGUAGUGAAAUAUUUGAAAAAAUUAACACCCAGAAGUGCAAAAUUUGUCAGGGGGGAUGAUAAUUUGUAUGAUUUAUACAAUAAUGACAUUGUUUUGAAGCUCCCGAAUCCAAUACAAGCAGGCACAUCAGCCCGGCAGCAAUGCCAUUUGUUAUUUGGUGUCAAUUUAUGUAAUUACAAUGUUUCAUAGAUAGUCAAGUUCUUAUGAUAAUAAUGGUUCAUAUCUUGAAUACCAUGCUACCAUGAAUUGUCUUUUUUAUUAAACAAA